AUGGUACUCAUAACUUCAGUGUUACCGUCCAUUUCUUCCGAGUUCAACAAGUCGCACCAGGCGCACUGGCUCGGAACCGCAUAUCUCCUCGCAACAUGCACGUUCACGCCUCUGUACGGACGUUUAUGCAAUGUUAUGGGCCGCAGAGGCGCCAACCAGAUCGCUGUCUUCUUUGCAGCACUAGGCACCGUAGCGUGCGGUCUAUCAGGGAAUAUGGAGACAUUGAUCGCCGCGCGAUUCCUGGGUGGUUUGGGCGGAGGUGGCAUUUUCACGACCGCUACGAUUAUCACGAGUGAUAUGUACAGCUUGAGAUCACGAGGACUUACUCAGGGGAUUUCGUCCGUAUUCAACAGUCUAGGAAUGGGCCUUGGCGGACCUCUCGGAGGAUUUAUCAGCGAUCGAUACGGCUGGCGUUGGGCUUUCCUUAUACAGCUGCCCAUAUUCGCCGUCUCGUUCUUCCUGACAUCUGUUAAUCUGCGAUACGUGACUCCAGGCAAAGGCAAGAGCACAAAGGAUGUACUGAAGCGCAUUGAUUACGGCGGGAGCUUGACUCUUCUCGGCGCGGUUCUCUCGGUUCUCAUUUUCCUGAGCACACACUACAGCGAGGAGCAGCCGUGGUCCUCCCCCUCCGUCUACGUCCCCGUCAUUACCGCCGCAGCCUUCGCGAUCGGUUUCGUCCGUUUUGAGCUGUGCAUCGCGCCCGAGCCCGUGCUCGCGCCGUUCCUUCUGCGGGAACGCAUUCCCGUACUCGUGGGCAUCAGCAAUUUCCUCGUCGCGCUAUGCAACUUCACAGUGAUGUAUAACUUCCCGACGUGGUUCCAGACUGUGCUCCUCACGAGCGCAAGCGAAGCCGGCGCCCACUUGAUCCCUAAUGGUAUCUCUGUUUCGCUCGGCUCGCUAUUCGCCGGUUGGGCUAUGCACCGAACAGGCAAAUAUCGACGCCUGAACCUAGUCUUCGGUCUGUUCCCCUUUGUAGCGGCUAUUCUCCUCAGCAUGAUGCGCGAGGACUCGCCCCCUGCACAACUCUGGCUCAGCAUCAUUCCUCUAGGCUUUGGAAAUGCAGUCGUGUUGCAGACUAUGUUAAUUGCCCUACUUGCGCAUCUGCCGGAGUCAUCAAUGGCUGUGGGAACUGGCUUUGGCCAGCUAUUCCGGGGCAUCGGGCAAGUGGGCGGUGUAGCUAUAUCAGCCGCUCUCUUUCAGUCCGUUCUCAACUCGGAGCUUCACAAACGCAUUCAGAGACCCAAUGCUGACCAGUUGAUUACGAAGAUCCGCCACUCGGCUACGCUGGUCGCCAAACUCCCACCAGACCUGCAGCGUGCAGCCAGAGACUCAUAUGCCGUCAGCUUGCGCGCAGUAUUCCUCAUGGCAGCUGGCUCGACGUUCCUCGCAUACUGUGCUCGCCUUGCGAUACCCGACAAAACCCUCGAUUCGACCCGUCCUAGGGGCCGCUCUGUCAGCGCCGCGGCGGCAGCUGAGCCUCGCACAGCAAGCCCUGUCACAAACGAGAGUCCCCUUGACAGCGAUGAUGAGCAUAGUGCUGAGGCGGAUGAUGACAUGCCCGCUCUGAGGACAGCUGACUGGCGCCCCAGACGACUAUCAACGUAUGAAUCUUCGGAGAGUUAUAUGGACCUCGAGAGCGAUGUCAUUGGGGGAUCGGCCCGUAAAGGACGUAACGAAUGA